GUAAACAUCGGCUAACACUGAUAGCAAUAGCCUAGCGGGCUAACAGAAGUGCCUAAGAGAUCACCAGGUCCCUCUCCUGUGGGACUACUGUCAUGGCGGUGUUGUGGAGUAAACUGUGACAACUAAAGCGAAAAUGAUGAACGACAUAAUAGAGGAACCUGAAAAGGACACGCUCCUGGAAGCGCAGGCGGAACGACAAGUUUCGUCGGGACCAAGUAACAGCACAAGACCUAAGAUUCCUGAUGGAGGCAUCCGGCCGGUGGAAAAGCGAGGACCCUACAUCAUGUCCAGAGCUCCGGCCAUCCACCUCAAACUACAGAAACACAGGGAGAUGGUGAGGAAAGCGCUGAAGAAGAAAGCCCUCUCUGCAGGCCCUCCGGUGACGCAUCAACCCCGGCAGGGAGUCAAGAGGACGGUGAAGUUUAAUAAGGGCUACGCCGCCUUGAGCCAGAAUGCUGAGGACAUGUUGGUUGCACUGAACUCAGACAGUGAUGAAGAGAUUGACUUUGAGCAGUAUUCCUCAGGAUACUCUUCGGCUGAGGUCCAUCCUGAUUUAAGCAAGCAGCUGCUUCAGGACGGCUACAAUCUGGAUGAGAUCCCCGAUGAUGAAGACCUGGACCUGAUCCCCCCCAAAGCCAUGGGCUCUUCUGUGUGCUGCUGCUUCCAGUGCCCAUCGUGCCCCGUGCAGUGACGUUGAUGCCGUGACCUGGACCUUCUGAAGGUCUGACUUUAUAUUCAGCUCACUAGUCGCUGGGGCCAAAGCUCUUCUUUCUAAUGCAGCUCUGCUGCUGCAUGUUGCCUGAGGAAAUCCAGCUCCGAAGCCUGAUGCAGGACCGCAAGCGUUGAACACUGACAUCGCUCAGCUUCAGUGAGAAUGCAGAAGGACAUGAGAGCAAGCCUUAUCCACUGUGACUCCAAAGCCUAACUAAUUGUAUUUAUUUUUCCAGUUUUUGCAAGCAUUACACAACACCGUAACUAUGACACUGCGUUUGACUUGAGUGAUAGAGUAUUUCAACAUUUAUGAUAAGACCGUGUUGACUCAAGGAGGAGCUGGCUAGUUUAUUUCCUCUAUGGUGAGCAGGUCUGUAACCCUCUAACAAGCAUCAUGUUCGCCUCUUUGGGCCGCUUUAGCCCUUUGACAAAUCUGAAGUAAUCAUCUGUUGACCUGUAACUGCUAAAUGAUGCAAUGGCACCUCACUGGAACACUGGCAGCACCUGAGUGCACGAUAUUAGUCUUAGUUUUCAUUACCUACAUCUGAUUUUUACUUGGGGAACAGAAACUACAGGACAUGGUGACAGUGCAGAUGUAGCGCCUGCUCCAACAAACACAACGUAGAACAAAAGUGCAAAAAUACUAAGAAGCGCUCUGUUUAUACAUUUGACACAUUGUGUAGCUGCUGUUUAUGGCUCCAAAUGUAUCUGAACUGAAAUUGAGGACCAGAUUUAGAUCUUGUCAUUAACUUUGACACAGAUCAAGGAUUUUUGAAAACAGAUGUAUUUAAGAGACUAACUAAAGGAAGACAGAAGACUUCCUAAAGGUAAAUUUACCUUGAUUAGUUUUGUGUAGUAUUUUGGUUUUAAAAACUCCUCUGAGAAAACGUGUCUCCCCUUUAAAUUUGAGUUGCAUUAUUUAUGUAUUUAUCAUUCUAUUUAAUUUGUAUGCUAAACCACUUGUUACAAGUUAUUUACAGUUCAAAAUGUACGUCAUAGUUUGCAUUAGUAAUCAUACUUUUUUUUUUAUUAUUGUUUUGUGUUCUGAUGGAUGUUGUGAUUUCCAACACUUCAGAAUAUAUUUGUUCAUUGACAUUACAAUGUUGGUUGUUUUUAACUUUUGGGUUUUAUUUUGAAACCGUAUUAACACAGACUGUUUGCCCGAGAUCAAGGAUCGUCACAUUCUCAGGAGGUUCGUACGCGUGGAUGCGCAGAGAUCAGAUUUCUUUUGCAUACAUGAGUAAAAUUGCAUUUGAAAUGUGCAUAAUUGCUAAAGAGCAUAAAAGUGUAAAGCCAAGAUAAAAAGCUUCCUGUAUACUGUUACAUAUAUGCGCAGCCGACCAUUUAACCACAAUGAGGAAGUAUAGGAUCAGAACAACAAUAACAGUCUGUGCUAGGAGGAGGUAGGAGGAGGAGCUGAAAGCGAGUCAUAAAUCCUGAAUUGGGAAGUGAGAUUUGUGAAAUACAACAUAUCUUCUGUACAUCUCAUGGUUUUAAUGCAGGUUACUGGUAUGAGCAGAAUUAAUUUAUAUGGACCUAAAUUUGAUUUUUUUUUAACCCCAUUCUUUGCUCUUUUGGUGUGUUUUGAUGUAGAUUAAAUUUUGCACUUAACACCAGUUGCCAGUAGCAAGUACACUUGACUCACCUGUACUAUGCAACUAUGGGACAAUCUGCUUGUUGUACAACAUUUUGACAAGGUUGUGUUAUUGAGUGCUGAAUGCAAUAAAUCAAUGUUUUGUUGUUUGUUUGUUUUUUUUCCACCUGUAAAUACACUAUUUCCAUUGUACGCUGUUGGUUUACAUUAUAAACAAAAGAUUUAAUUAACAUGA